AUGGCUCCUCUCAUCUUAACGUGGUAUUCAGACCGUAGUCCUAGCAGCGCGCGCGCCUGCCCUUCCUUGCGGCGCGCCCUGCCCUUCCUCAAUCCGCCCCUUCCCUCACCCUCCUCCUCCUUCCCUCUCUCCUUUGUGCUUCCCCCCACUUCCUCACCUCUUCCUCCUCCUUUUUUCUCUCCCCAUCUGCUGCGGCUCGCAGCUCCUUGUGGCGCGCCCUGCCCUUCCCACAAUCCGCCCCUUCACCCUCCUCCUCCUCUCCUCUCUCCCACUAGUUCCCUCUCCAAUAUCUCUUCCUUCCUCCACCUCUUUCAUCUCUUCAUCUGCUGCAGCUGCGGCACAGCAACAGACUUCUCCGCCGCUAUCCCUCCUCUUCUGGUUUCUCCCCUCAUCGGCGCAACAGCAGACUACUCUGCCAUUUUCCCUCCUCCUCUGGUUUCUCCCCUCAUCGGCGUAGCAGCAGACUACUCUGCCAUUUUCCCUCCUCUGCUUUCUCCCCUCAUCAGCUCAGCAGCAGACUACUUUGACAUUUUCCCUCCUCCUCUGGUUUCUCCCCGGAUCGGCUCAGCAACAGACUACUCCGCCACGUUCCCCCUCCUCUUGUUUCUCCCCUCAGCGGCUCAGCAGCAGACUACCCCGCCCUUAUUCCUCCGCAUCUUAUACCUCUCCCCUUAUCUGCUCUGCAGCUGUUUCCUCCUCCUCAUGGCGACCUCUCUCGCCCUCCCCUCCCUCCCUCUGUUGAGUGGUUCUGUCGCCAUUCCUACCUCUCCCUCUGCACCCACCUCUUCCUCCUCUGACCCCUAUGCUGAUGGCCUCCGUGUUGCCAUUGCUGAAACUGAGCGGCUUGUGGCCACGGCGCAAGCCACCGCCACGGCUGCUCCUGAGAAUGGUGCUGCCCGUGACUUAGCUCGCAUUCUUACUGAGUCCCUCGAGAGCACCCGCAAGCGCCUCACUGAGCACCUCGCUGCCCCUUCUCCUCGCUGCCCCUUCUCCUCGCUCUGCCUCUACGCCCCUUUCCUCUGCUCCACCUCACUCUGA